AUGGAGAGCUACCCGUACAAUCCGUCGUAUCCGGAGUCCGGCGGCUCCUCGCCUCGCUCCCGUGAAAUCGAGUUCGAGAAUCCGCCGUCGUGGGAGGAUUCGCACAACAAUCAGCUUCCCCCAAAUUAUAAAGUGAAGUUCAUGUGCAGCUAUGGCGGCAAAAUCAACCCUCGGCCUAACGACAAUCAGUUGUCGUACAUAGGGGGAGAGACGAAGAUCUUAGCCGUUGAUCGGAAUAUUAGAUUCAGUUCUCUACUAUCAAAGCUUUUCGUGUUGUGUGAUAGUGAUAAUAUUUCGUUUAAAUAUCAAAUGCCUGGUGAAGAUCUGGAUGCUUUGAUUUCCGUGACUAAUGAUGAUGAUUUGGAGCACAUGAUGAAUGAGUAUGAUCGGUUAUACAGGGUUUCUCCAAAGCCAUCGAGACUCAGGAUUUUUAUUUUUACAACACCGAAUCAGUCUUCGAAUUCAUCGGUGAGGAGUUUUGGGUCCGAUGAUGCGAAAUCGGAGAAGGAAAGGUUCGUGGAAGCGUUGAAUUCUGGACCUGUUAUGACUGCUCCGCCGCCGGUGGUGACGGCUGUGUCGCCUCAACCACCUCCGGCCAACAAUAAUGUGGACUACUUGUUUGGAUUGGAGAAAGGGGUUGGGAUGGCGCCUCAGCCGCUGCAGAAGGUUGAGGCAGACGAUCGUUUUGAAGAAAGGUCGAUAGGGCCGGAUCCAAUUCAGCAGCACAUUCAGGAUCUGAACAGGCUGAGAAUUGAGGAGCAGCAAGGAGUUUACAGAAGAAGAAAUGAUGAAAAUCUGGCCGGAGGAUUUGUCGGAGGUGAUUAUUACAAGGUACCGGAGAAAUUACCUCCUGUUUCCGUUCCUAGUGGUCCUCCUGGAUACUGGCAGGAGAAGCAGUUCACCGGAGGAGUUUUCCCGGCUAGCAAUAUCAACACAGAACAGCCAGUUUACAUGAUUCCAGCUCCUGCGGGUGCGUACCACGCCCCGAUGAUGAGACAGAUGAGUGGACCAGCUGGUCAGGGUUACUACACAGUUCAAAGGAUGCCAUCGGAGGUUCACCGGGAUCAGCAGGUGUACAGCGCUAUACCAUCCGCGGCAAUGGCCACGCAAACUCUGCCUCAACAGACGGCGCCCAAAAUGGCCGGAUAUUCUGAAGGUUUCGGAAUGAUGAGACCAGUAACAGAGGCGGGGUACGGGCAAUUUGCUAAUUAUGAUAGCGGGAUGGGGAGGCAGGUGAUGUACACUUCGCCGGGAGGAAUAAUGGCGGCGCCGCCAGGUCAGCCUCCAAUGCAACAGGUUCAGUAUCAAGCCAUGGGUGCUGUUAGUGGUGAUACGAGACAAGCUGGAGCGAUGAAUCAAGAAGCAGGGGGUAAGGUCGUUACAAAGGUUACUCAUAGUUAA